GCCGCUGAGUGCGCAUGCGCCCGCCGCCGCCCGGCUGGGCAGCCUUCGGGGGAGGCGCCGCCCGACCGAGCGCGACCGAGAUUCAACUAGAGAGGAAAUGGCCGCCUCUUCAUCCUCUUCCUCAGCGGGAGGGGUCAGCGGAAGUUCCGUCACGGGGUCCGGCUUCAGCGUCUCGGACCUUGCCCCCCCUCGGAAAGCCCUGUUCACCUACCCAAAGGGAGCUGGAGAAAUGUUAGAAGAUGGCUCAGAGAGGUUCCUGUGUGAAUCCGUUUUCAGCUAUCAAGUGGCGUCCACACUGAAGCAGGUGAAGCACGAUCAGCAGGUCGCUCGGAUGGAAAAGCUAGCCGGAUUGGUGGAAGAGCUGGAGGCUGACGAAUGGCGGUACAAGCCCAUCGAGCAGCUGCUGGGGUUCACACCGUCGUCGGGUUGAAGGGGCUGACCGGCCUGGCUGACUCUGGUGCGUGAAUUAAGGACUCGGCCGGAAAGGAGCCCGCCUUGCCUGGCCUCCGGUCUCCGGGGAACCUCAGACGUGUCGCGAAAUCUUUUUUUCAAUUUUUUUCCCCACAUCCAGACUGCGCGAUUCGCUUCAUUUCCUAGAAGCUGCAGCCUAGGGGGUGAAGGAGCUAGUCACUCCAGCUGGGUCACCUUGCAGCAGCCAUUUUGUAAGAGUCCGAGGACAGUCGGAUUAAAGAAGAAGAGCCGUUUUGAGGAAUUGGGGUGUUUGGAUACUCCUAAAUCCGUGGGAUUUUUAGGAGAUAUUUGCCCCUGCUGGCAGUAGGUGCUAAAAGUGGCCACUUUGGAACCUGGGAACCCGCGCCCCGCCCCGGUAAAUCAAGGUCAGCGUGCAUAGGCAUUGAGAUAUAAAAGCUCCUGCCCUGACCAGUUUCUCUUUGAAGUUGAGUGUGAUGAAGAUCAGGAGAUGCAAAUGUUAACUUUUUUUUCCGGCUCUGCUGAGCACAGCUUUUCUCAGGGCCACUGACCACAUACAGAGUGCUGGGGAAAGCACAUCCCCUCUCAAAGUAGGGAGACCUUUUUGUGCCCAGAAAUCUGGCCUCGCCCUCUGGGAUUGACUCAGUUCUGUAGUACGGCAAAAUAAAUCCUUUCGACGAC